UUUUUAUUUUAUUUUUUUUCUAGCUUGCUCCAGGAAGCAACAAUGGCGGUUUCUCUGUCGUCGUCGUCGACGAUCACGCCCAUAACUCUGCAGCCGAAUCUGAAGACGAUUCAUGGAUUAGGGACAGUAUCUCCUUUUUAUUCGAUCAAAUCUCGCUUUCGUAGUGUCUCUCUCCGGCGUAGCGCCGUGGUCGUGUCGGCCAUUACCGGAGGAGCUUCAGGAACUGGAAUUGGGAAAGAUACAGCUGAUUUGCUAGAUACAGUGAAAAUUCUGGAUUUGAGAGGAAAUGAGAUUCCAAUUUCUGAUUUAUGGAAAGAUAGGAAGGCUGUUGUUGCAUUUGCUCGUCAUUUUGGUUGCGUGCUCUGUCGGAAACGAGCAGCUUAUCUUGCAGAAAAGAAGGAUGUGAUGGAUGCAUCUGGUGUUACUCUUGUUCUGAUCGGACCGGGAAGUAUUGAUCAGGCUAACACUUUUAUGGAGCAGACUAAGUUUAAAGGAGAGGUCUAUGCAGAUCCAAACCACGCAUCAUACGAGGCGCUUGAAUUUGUUUCAGGGGUUACUGUGACAUUUACCCCCAAAGCCGCUAUGAAGAUAUUAGAGUCUUACAUGGAAGGAUACCGCCAAGACUGGAAACUCUCGUUUAUGAAAGAUACUGUAGAAAGAGGUGGCUGGCAACAAGGCGGAAUCCUAGUUGCUGGCCCUGGAAAAGAUAACAUCUCUUACAUACGCAAGGACAAAGAAGCUGGUGAUGACCCGCCUGUUGAAGAGAUCCUAAAAGCGUGUUGCGCUUGAAGGAAUCGCAAUCGAAAAGUAGAUUUUAAAAAACAGUAACACUGUGCUAUGCCCGGUACUCAUCUUAAAACCAUAAAACACCAUUACCAUAACCAUAACGACCACAUUAGAGAAAUAUGUACGUAGGGAAAGAAAAAAGACAAGUGGUAGACCGAAAAAUAAAAAGAAAAAAAGGCUAGUCACUUCAACGAGGAAGCAAUU